AUGAAAAUUCUAACAUUCUGUAAAGUUAUAUUAUUGUCAAUACUUUGUUUUAUUAUAUAUAUUCCAACUUAUUUUGUUUAUGGACAAAGUGAACCUGAAGUUCAAAUAUUACAUACUUCAAUAACCUUCGUAGUAUGUUUUAUUAUUUGUUGUAUUGUUGCAUAUAAAUUUUGUGAUAAAACAGAAAAACCAACAAGAGUUAAUGAAGUACCAUUAAAAUCAUCUAAGUCAAAUUAUAUUCAACACUUACCAAAAGUAACUCCAAUUCCAAAAACAUCAAUUGUUCCAGGAAAUCCUAAUACUUAUGAUAUUCAAAAAAAAGAACAACACUUAUUAUUAAAAAUACAAGAAAAAGAAAAUGCACUUAAAUUUGAAAGUGAUCCACAAGUUCAAGCAGAUAGGAGAGUAGAAAUUCAAAAAUUAGAAUUAGAAUUAGAUGGUAUUAGACAAGCUAUGAAAAUGAAAAAUGAUCAAGCAAGAAAAAGAGUUUCAACUGCUUGA